GGUCAGAAAGGCACAAUGGGAAACCACACACGAGUGACAGUUUUCAUCCUAUCAGGUUUGACUGAUGACCCACAAUUGAAAGUUGUGCUGUUCAUCUUUUUGCUUCUUACCUAUUUGCUAAGCAUCACUGGAAAUCUAACCAUCAUCACGCUCACCCUGGUGGACACUCACCUGAAGACCCCCAUGUAUUUUUUCCUUCGGAAUUUCUCCUUCUUAGAAAUUUCCUACACUACCACAUGCAUCCCUAAACUACUAGCUACUAUGGCAACUGGGGACAAAACUAUUUCUUAUAACAGUUGUGCCACUCAAGUAUUUUUUGCUUUCCUGCUUGGAGCAUCAGAAUUUUACCUGUUGGCAGCCAUGUCCUAUGACCGAUACGUGGCUGUCUGCAAGCCCCUGCACUACAUGACCAUCAUGAGCAGUAAAGUCUGCACACAGCUCGUCCUCAGCUGUUGGCUUGCUGGCUUUUUUGUCAUCUUUCCUCCACUCGUGUUAGGUUUGGAUCUUGACUUCUGUGCUUCCCACACUGUUGACCAUUUCUACUGUGACACAACCCCCCUGCUGCAGAUCUCCUGCACAGACACACAGCUCCUGGAGAUGAUGGGAUUCGUCUCAGCCUUGGUGACACUCCUGCUCACAUUGGUAAUGGUGAUAAUAUCUUAUGCCUACAUUGCCCUGACGAUUCUAAAAAUGCCUUCAACCAGUGAGAAGAAGAAGGCUUUCUCUACAUGUUCUUCUCACAUGAUUGUGAUAUCUCUUUCCUAUGGCAGCUGCAUCUUCAUGUAUGCUAAACCAUCAGUCAAGCAAAGAGUAUCUCUUACCAAAGGAAUUGCAGUGCUCAAUACCUCAGUGGCUCCACUUCUGAAUCCCUUCAUUUAUACCUUGAGGAAUCAGCAAGUGAAAAAGGCAUUCAUGAAUACAAUACACAGGAUUGCGUCUUUCUCAAAAAGAUGAAUAUUUUAUUUCAUCAGUGAAGGAAA